UUUCGUUUCUCUCUCUCUCUCUCUCUCUCUCUCUAUCUCUCUCUCGCUCUCAUUUGUUGUGUUGGGUUGCGUUUUAUGUUUUGGUGUUGUUGUGGAUACUAAAGAGGAGGAGUACUAAUUAAGUACUGUAUACUGGGGAGAAUGGGGAGGCAACCGUGUUGUGAUAAGGUGGGACUAAAGAAGGGCCCGUGGACGGCGGAGGAGGAUAAGAAGUUGAUCAACUUCAUCCUCAACAAUGGCCAAUGCUGCUGGAGAGCUGUGCCCAAGCUCGCAGGGCUGCUGAGGUGUGGGAAGAGUUGUAGGUUAAGAUGGACAAAUUAUCUGAGGCCUGAUUUAAAGAGGGGUUUGUUAUCCGAGUCUGAGGAGAAGCUGGUCAUUGACCUACAUGCCCAGCUGGGAAACAGAUGGUCUAAGAUUGCAUCCCACCUCCCCGGUCGAACUGAUAACGAGAUCAAGAAUCACUGGAACACCCACAUUAAGAAGAAGCUUAGAAAGAUGGGGAUUGACCCUCUCACUCACAAGCCCUUGGGUCUAUCUGAUGACCUCCCAAAACAGCAGCAGCAGCAGCUAGAAGCUGCUCCUUUAGCUGUUGUAGAUGAACACAAUGAGAAGCUCCCUCCAAAGGAGGACCCAGAAGAAGAAGAAGAAGCACAAGAGAAGCAGAGCAAUCCUUAUCCAACCACCUUUGAUCCCAUGGAAGCUGAUGAGUUCCUCAGCAGAUCACCUGGGUUUUGCACCGACGAAGUGCCCAUGAUACAGCCCCAUGAGAUCAUAGUCCCCUCUUCUUCUUCCUCUUCUGCUUCCUCCUCUACCUCUUCCUCUGCUUCUUCCUCAUGCUCUUCUUAUUCUUCUUCAAGUGCUUCUGUGAAAGCAGAGGAGGCUCUGUUUCCAUUCAUGGAGUGGCCUGAGUCAAUGUACCUCAUGGGUCUUGAUGAUAUCAUGGGAGGGGAUUUGUGUGUCGAUGGUGGGGAUGGGAGACUCAGUUCUGAUCCCUUUAACCAGUAUCAGAGAAGUGCUUUUGAUCAAGAAGCUUGGAAAUUGGAGCUCUUUUGAUUUGCUUCAUACAUGUAACAUUUGCUCCAAAAUCCAACAACAACAACAAAAAAAAAAAACAGAAAUAAAGAAGAGAGUGUGUGAGAAAUUUUUAAGUUUCCUCUCUUUCGCUUUACUUUGGGAUUUAAUUGUCGAUAAAGUGUAAUAAAACCACAAGAUAGUGACACUGUCCCUUUAAUCA